AUGUUGGAUGGCACCGCCUCCUUCAGUGUAUUUACCAGCGGAACAAAAUGUGAAAGAGUUACCUUUGUUCAGGUACUCCUAUGACCUAUGUAGCCUUUACGGUACCAAAAAAAAUUCAAUGCCGAUUUUCCUCUUACUCUUCUUUACAACAACAAAAACUACAACAGAAACAACAAUACCACAAAUAUUUCUUCGUAUAGCGUGUAGUCAACUGCUUCAUGAAUUGUGUCACGUUUUCAGUCAACUGUUCCAAUGUCAUCGUUCAAAUGCUUUAAAAGAGAGUUUCCUAGAAAAGAGUAUCAUUACUUGAAACAAAGAGAAGAUUUGCGGAAAAUGAGCGGAACAUAGACGUAUUAAACUGAUAUGAAACUGAAGGGAGGGGCGUAGCCUGGUUUUAAAAGUAAGUGGUCUGGUAUCUGUUACUGUCUUCAUUAUACUCGCGGAACUUUAAUGUAAAUCCGUGUCAUUUAAUUUCAUAAGUUUGUUUUCUUAGCAAUCAAAGGUUUGCAACGAGUUGAGAGUGCUUAACUUAAUAGAUUGCUGACAGUUCGUAAGGUCAAAUCUAAACGUGAUUUGUAUCAUGCAAGUCCGAGUUCAAGACAAUUAUUUCUCCUUUAUCCUAUUUGCAGCGAUUUGCGUCAAUUCCUAAAGUGCUGGCUACAGUACGUCAUUCUGUCAGCAACAAGCCACAGGACGCUAUGAAUGUCUGGGUUGAAGAACUCAAGGCGGAUUAUUUCAGAGUGUGCCUGAGGGAAGUGAAAACAUUUGAUGGAAAGCAUCAAAAUUUAAAAGUGGCAAGUUUGACUAGAAUAAUUCUAGUUCAUAGAAGCAUAUGUAGAAAUAUUUUGGUUUGUUCAUUGAAUGGUUUCCUCUGAACAAAUGGUGAAGUAAAAUGAUUCCGGAUUAUGAGAUAAGUGUGUCAGGUUCUUCACAGUUAUAUUAAUCCGAAUAAGAGCUCUUUUCACUUUUGACGGGUUGUUUUUGGCCGAAUUGUUUAAAAAAAAUGCCAUUUGACUCUUAGGAUUGGCUGGCAUUUACACACGGAGGUAUUCAACUUACAUUUCACGGAAAAUUGUUGUUUGAAAAUGGCGGAGCUCCUCGGGAAAAGGACAAUUUCGCUUUUUGCAAGGUAAGUCGAAGACUCGAUUUUCUUUAGAGUAACACAAGAACACCUUUCAAGUAAACCGGAGAAAGUGAUUUAAGCCAAGUAAUAUAAGUGUGUAGUUAAUAUUUUCUCUGUUCUGUAAUACUCAAUUCUACUGAUGUCAACUUUUUAUCUAUAGAUACACAACUUUACCGAUGAAUUUUAUGCACCCCCUGUAGUCAUAGUUACGGUAAAUCAUCUGUACGUUAGCAAGAAUGUAUAUUCCAUCAAGCCAGAGAACAAUGUUCUUAAUACUUGGAUUGAGGUAAAGUGUUAUAACUCGUGCCUCUGUGAAUAUAACUUCCUUUUGGAUCACUAAUAACGUUUUUUUUCUCCAUAGAAAUCUUUGUGGCUCAGAAUUUAAACCCACACCUUACCUGGGAUUCAAGCCUUUUCAAAAGACAUCACUUUUAAAUGCUCGAAAAUAUAUAAAGAGCUUACCAUUGUCACCUCUUUAAAAAAAGAACCUUUUAUUCCCGGUGGUGGGGGUGGAGGGCGGGGAGGGGGUGGGGGUGUCCUUGAGUCGAUACCUCUACCUCAUUAUAUUUCAUUUACACCCCAUCCUUAGUUAGUCACUUUUGGGCGAGUGUCAUUUUCACAAUCCCAAUUUAGUCACUUUCAGUUCAUGUAUCUACCUUAUAAAGCCUUUAAGAAAGUCAUCCUAAAAUGAAUUGACUCGUUUGACGGUGAAUUCUCCCAUUUUAAAAGCCUUACUUACCAGAAUUUACUUCCUUACAAAAUCCUGGAAAUGCAACCUCCAUUACAGUCAAUCCAGUCGUGAAAAUGCGGUCCCACCCAGUGGCACAUCUCCACAAGCCUAUUAAUAGAAAAUACUUUUCCUCAGGCUCUUGCUAUCGAUGAACUCAGGGAAACUUCUUUACUUCAGUUUUUGAUAUCUCAGAGAAUCACAGAUAUUAAAAUACUUUGCAUUAUCACAAUUAAACUAAUCCGGUUGCUGGUUUUUUUUUCAACAGGAAAUAACGAUCUCAUCCUUCCGUGUGUGUGUAAAAGACUUAGCAGGAAUGGAAAGUCAACACGACCCUGUUACUUUGGAUUACGUUGUUAUUGGAGGUAGAUAGAUUGGUCAGGUCUUGUAGCUUAUGCUAAGGUAUUACCAACAGCAUUUUCCGUUCGUUUACUUUUAUUAGUCGGUGGAAUGGGUUUAUCGCGUAGAUGGGAGAGAAAGGCAUUAAAAUAUCUCGACCAAGCAGUUUUUUUUUUAUAUUUCAUUAGAAUCAUUUUUUAAUGUUUCAAGUAGAACUACGACUGCCUAUGACCCAAUGCAUAAUUACAGCGCUUAACGUAAAGAUACUUCCGAGAAAUUUUUUCACCACUCUAAAGGAUUUUUUUUUUUAUUUGGAAAAUUCUACUCAAACUUAGCGCAGUUCUUACAGUAAUGUCACAAUACUAAACGCGUUUAGCAGAAUACUACUUAGUCAAACAAAGCUAAGAUUAGAUCAAGCCAUCUUCACUCCUGUUGGGAGGCGCAGGACACCGACCAUGAACAUGACUCUAGUUGUGGCAGUUCUCUCUGGGUCCUUUCAAGUGAAGUUCCUCUUAGCUUUUAGCUGAUAAAAGCUAUCAAAGGAAGUAAUUAUUAAAAAAAAAAAAAACUAACGACACUACCACUUAAAAAAAAAAAAAAAAAAACAAUUAUCAGAGACCAGCUCAAAGUCCUUGCACCUAGAAAAUAAAGAGUUCCUAAAGUCGUCUUAGGUAAGUGUUUUGAUUUUUAACGAUAUUUGAGAAAUUUUUAAGUGUAACACAACUGAUAAGAUAAGAUUACUUUGUACUACUCAGUUUUCAUAAGGAUUCUAUUUGUGUUGAUAUUUUAAAUUCGCAGAUCGUGAUCCUUGCAUCAAUGUUUCUUGUAAUUAUUUUGCCGUCUGUAAGGCAUUUGGACCCAAAGAUGCCAGAUGCAUAUGCGUAGACAAUUGUCCAUCGUACGACGAGCCUGUGUGUUCAUCAAAUGGAACCACAUACGACAACGAGUGCAUCUUCCAGAGGGAAAUGUGCCACUUGAAGGCCAAUUUUACUCUGUAUCACCCGGGUGAUUGUACAGGUAAUUUGAAUUAGAGUUCGGAGGGUUACAGAAAUCUUAAAAAUAUUUUUCUUGAUUCAAUCUAUAACAGGAAACUACAAGAGUGUCUUCCUUUUGAAGCUUUAUUUUGACACUUUAUUAGAUUCCGAGUUUACUGAAGAAAACAAAGUAGUGCAAAAGAAAGUUUUUAGUUUGAUGCAGAUUAUAAGGUGGAAAUGGCAGAAUAAAGAGUACUAAUCUACACAUGUUAGAAACGAAAAACGAUGUCAUGGUUUCUAAUGCUACGAAAAGCUGGGACGGCAAAUCUUAGAAUGCCUUAAUGCAGACGCAUUUUGGGCAGGGUUCAAAGAGUCUAGCUUCGUCCAUGCUAGUUGCUUGCAUAUGGUACUCGUCCUUGAAUAUUAGAAACAGGUAGAGAUUUUUGCGUUCUUUUUCUGCAGGAUUCCCUUCACAGAAAGGUCGUCAUCGUCUUCAUCACCACCCAAACUGGGCUGAAGCAGUUUGUGAACAGGUUCCACUGGUUCCUUAUGUCUUCUAUCCUGACAAACCUGUUCACGUACAGGUAUCUGUUAAUCACGUCAACUUCUCGGAUCCCUCCUAUGUCCACGAGGCUGCUGUGGCCUGGGUCGAGGAUUUAAGGGAAAACAAUUUUACAAUUUGUGUCACUCAAGCUGGCAGGAAUGAAAAGAAAAAUGGAAAAACAUUCGCUAUGGUUGAUUGGUUAGCAUAUCAGGGGGCCCCUGACGGGGGAGUGUCAGGUGAAAUGGACAUGCCGACAUGGUGGACUGGAACGAACUGCCGCACAGUUUCCUUUCCUCCGGUUAGUUGGCCACACCCUUCAAUAAUGUAUAUAUAUAUAUAUAUAUUUUUUUUUUCUUCUAGUAUUCCAAGUCGCCAUUCCAUUAAUUACUUAUAAUCGCGCUGUUAACGAUAAUAAAGGUGGGGAAUCUGACAUUCUAUCAAAGAAAAUAGUAACUAGUCAGUCUUCUGUAAAAUUCAAAAUUUAUCCUCUAUAUUCAUUGUUUUAUAUAUAUAUGUAUGUAUGUAUGUAUGUAUGCUUUUAUGUAUGUAUGUAUGUAUGGUGAUAAAAUGUGGAAGAAUAAGACUAUUUAUGUUGUGGAGAUAUUAUAUCAACGUAGAGGUUGGACUACAUUCCCAAGGCUUAAGGAGCAGCCGUUCUUAGCCUUAGAGCUGUUGGUGCCUAUCUGUUAAUUCUGAGUUAAUGCUGCUGCAGAAAAAGUUCAAAUCACUUCCUACUGUCCUCGUAUCGGCCGAGCAUGAAAGGCGGGGAGUGAAGCAUGAUGCGUCUUCUGUCUGGGUGGAAGAUUUGACCACAACUUCUUUCAAGAUCUGUAUCAGAGAACUGCAGAACUUUGAUGGGGCUCACCAAAGCAUCCAUGUGGUAAGCAGUUUUUAAGGUUUUAGUUUUUCACAAGGUUGAGUAAUGUUUCAUAAUUUAAGGAAAGUCUUAUUCACUGUAAAGUUUUAACGACGAUGAUAAGCUCAUUUUCCGUCUUUUUCUUACUCCUACCAGAAUAGAGUUGAAUAUACUUUUCAUAUGGUUUAACCUUUGUUUUUAUGAAAGGAUUGGAUGGCAUUCGAAGAACUUCAUCAACCCUUGUUUAGAGAACAUGGCUCCUUAUACUUUGCCAACGGGAAACAACCAUCCGAAGAAUUUAACUAUGCUUUUUGCGAGGUAUGUUUGUUUCACAGUGCGUGUAUUGAGGAUUUUUGAUUCACUCACUCACCCACUCACUCGCGAUGCACACAUGCACCAUGCACCCAGUGAAUCACUGAAUCCCUCACUUACUAAAUCCCACACGCAUUUUCUUGAUAACUCAUUGAAUUUCUCACUGACUCACUCUGUCACUCGGUUAAUCACUCACUCUUUAAGCUUUUACCGCCUUUCCAUGAGCUUUUUUACUGAAAUUCACGUGAAACUUACUCAUCAACCCGCGUUAUUACAUAUUGACUCUAUCACUUAGACUUUUUUCCGUCUGAAGUUUAUGUAAGCCAUCCACCCGCCAUGAAAAUAAAAGCCGCAGGACAGUCCAUUAAUUUAAAGACCAACCUAGCGGAUUUCCUCGCUCUAGUUUUCAUAUGUAUUCUCUUAGGAUAAUUCAUCUCUUCUUUCAAAGACCUGAAAAGGAUGUUUUGGAAUCUUAAAGAUAUUGCUAGAUGCACUCUCAGCUACUUCCUGUUUCACGGAUUUGUUGUUUUUUAUUUGUUUCAAUAGGAUGUUGUUUUCAAAAAGCCCUACAACGACUCUCCAGCAAUUUUGGUAUCUGCUAACCACUCAACAAAUGGAGGAAACCUUAAUCCACUGUAUAACUCCGUAUCAGCCUGGGUUGAGGUUAGUGAUAUCUGGUAUCUGUGCUGAAGUAGUGCUUUUGCAAUUAUAAUAAUUAUUAUUGCUAUUAUUAUUAUUAUUAUUAUUAUUAUUAUUAUUAUUAUGUAAGUAUUCAGCAUUGUACAACGUACAAGGUACUAGAGAUCUUAGCUCUUUACUGAUACUUAACUGUGAUCCUCUCAGCCGUUAGAUUGUAUUUCUCUUUGUCUUUGUAGUACAUCAACAAGACUGGCUUCAGAGCAUGCGUGAAGGAGUUAUUUGUGAACCAGCAUGAUCCUCUAUCAGUUUCAUAUGCAGUUAUGCCAGGUUAGAUAUAUCAUGUUUGGUACAUAGAGAGAAACGAUGGUUGUUCAGAAAUAUUUGCCAAUCAUCUCGACUUAGGUUUGGACUAAAAAAGUGAGUUGUUACCCGAAAGAAAGGAAGGUGUAAACUGGUGUAUGAAACGAAUCAUAAUAAAGUUCGGAUAUAGCGCGCGCUCUCAUGAGUUGAAAGAGCGUGUUUUAUCAGAGUGUAAAACACGGAGCUAAAGCUGUCAUGCCAUCUGCCAUUUUGUACAAUUCCGACCAUUUCCCGGACUUCUUCAGUGUUCUGACACCUUCCUGUGUGCUCUACAAAAGUACAGAGCAAAGUCAAUGCUUCUCUAGUUGUUAAAUAAUACCGAGAAAUAAACGUUUGAUAGCUUGUCUCAAAAUUUUGUUGAAUGAAACGACUGCUAUCGAUAAUGACAUUAUCGUGAAUGUAACGAACAAACUUAUAAUUACCCCAUAAUGAAAGACAAGCACUAUUUGAUACGAUAAUAUUUUUGAACAAAGUUUUGCUAGUUGUUAAAUAGAUUCAAGUUUAAAUGAGACUUUUGUUGUUUCUCUAUCUAACUCAGAUGUAUGUGAGCCAGGUUGGAGUUUCUACAAUGGCUUCUGUUUCUACACGAGUGAUACCUGUGAGUCAUGGUCCAACGCCAGUACAAUCUGCAGAAGAAUGGGGGCUAACUUACCCGCUAUUGAAAGUCAGGAAGAGAAUGUCUACAUUCAACACAGACACAAUGGUGAAAAGGCCUGGAUCGGUUUGAAUGACAUUGCUAUCGAGGGAUUAUUCACCUGGGUGGAUGGAUGUCCUGAUAAAUUCCGCUACUGGGCAGAGAGUCAACCAAAUGACUUUCGGGGGGAGGACUGCGUACACACUCUUGGUCCCGGGCACGGUUACAUGUGGAAUGAUGUGGAUUGUACUGCAUGUCAUCAAUAUACAUGCAAAAAGGGUGUGAAAUGAUUGUUUAUUUAUUUAUUUUUGAUGACUCAUAUUUUGAUUUAGUCGCCGGACAGCGGUGUCCGUCUUUGAAACUCGGGAUCCUUUAGAGCCUUAUUUACUUGAACUAUUUGUUAAAAGGAGACUUACCACCAAUUUCCUGGUAUGUUAUAAAUGAAUUAGCGUCGUUGCGGUUAUCACUUUGCUUUCAUAGUUACAUAUAUAGUUAUUUCGUCCACCAUUCCUUCAAUAUCGGUGAUGUUUGAUGUUGUGUAUUAACAAUUUCAAUACUCAAAUACCUAUCAACAGAUUAUGAUGAAUGUACUAGCAACCCAUGUUUAAACGGAGGUACAUGUGUCAAUGGUAAAAGAAAGUUUAGUUGUAUUUGUCCUGCAACACACAAGGGAGACCUAUGUGAAGGCAAGCAUCAUAUCUGUAAUUUCUUUUUGAUCAUUAUGAAGUCACAAAGACAAAAAUUCAUAAUUGCUUAGGUUUAUCAUAACUGUUUGGAGCGUGAUACUUCUUUAAGCAUUUUCGAUUCCCUUCCACGGUGCUCGAAGUUAAAAGUGAGUACUACCUCACAGGUGACACGAUUUUGCUUGAACCUCGUUUCUGGUUUAACUCUUUAGUUAUAUAUUUUUAUUCUUACACAGAGAUUGAUGAGUGCUCCAGCAGCCCCUGUUUAAAUGGUGGUACUUGUACUGAUGGAGUCAACAAUUUUACAUGUUCCUGCCCAUCGCCGUAUUUUGGACAUAGAUGUCAAGGUGAUAUGAUACCUCAAAUAGAAUUUUAUUGUUAUGAACUACUAAAAUUAAAGUGUUAGGGAACUUCUAAAAUUAGGAAUGUUUUGACUAAGUGUUUGGUAAUUUCUUUGGCCUGUUAGAUUACCUUGAAAUCCUCAUGCCAAUCUUGUGAGGCUUGAUCUAUUCUUACCUUAGUGAUGUGUCCUUGACCGUUGUAGUAGGACUUAAUUCUCGUACGAUAAUUGUCAUCAUUAGUCGUAUUUAGGUUUGUCUUUGGCCUUGCUUAGAGUCCUCAACGGGGAGUUUUGUUUAGCUUUUUAGUUCUCGAAGAUUGGUUAUUGUUAAGUUCUUUGUUGGUCAUAUCGACUGUCUUGUGAGAUUGUUCUGGUUGGCGCUCUAAAAAUAUGUUUAUUUUGCCAAGGUCAGUUAUCUCGUAGGCCCAAAUAUGCCUACCGAUGGGGUAUUGAAGAGUGUGUACUUAGGAGCUGAAUUAUUAGAAGAGAUUCUGAGUCUCAGAGAGUGAAACAAAGUUCCUGAGCAGACUCCCGUAUUUUGCGCGAGUUGCUCAAGUUAGUUAACUCCAACUGUCCAACAUUAUAGAUAAAGGACGUUGCAUAUGGUAAAUUAACACAUCAUGAAAUCUUUAACAAGAUUGGUGGCUUAAGAGUGUUUUAGCAGAGGACAACGUCAAGGUGAAGCUGGGUUACUCGAUGCAAAUCACGGUCAGGAUUUAACACGACCUCCUGACUGAAAAACCUAUAAAACUAAUUUCCACAUCACGGAAAGAGUAGACUGAAUCAGAAGUUUUGACUUUAAAAUGUUUCAUUUAGAGCUAGAUUCCUCUAACAUCUCAGGAACAAUGCAUGAAUAUAUAAAGACUUAUGUUUAAUAGAUCUUGGUGUAUAAAAUGUAUAAAGUGUCAUUUAUUUUUUCACUUAGAAACGGAUGAAUGUCAGUCCAAUCCCUGCCAAAACGGUGGAACUUGCAUAGAUGGCGUAUAUAACUUUACUUGUGCGUGUUCCAGCUAUCAUUCAGGAUCACGAUGUGAAG